CUGGGGACCCACUGUGCUGGUUAUUUUAUGACCUCAAAAGACCAUCACAUUUUCCCGUCUGCAGGAAAUCAGAUUAAGCGAGGAUUUACAGAAAACAAAUAACGCGAUGGAUUAGCAUGUGCGAUUGAAAACAAGGGGUAGCAAAUCAUCGCAAACGCGUAGAUUCACUUGUAUUACAACGCAGCUUGUGGCUCGUUGUUUUGCUCUGCCCUUGAACUCUUCAUUUUUCAAAAAUCGAUUAGGCUACUUUCAGUAACCGUGUGCCACGCUUUCAGCACUAAAAUUUAUUUCCCCUGCCAGUGUAUACGUGAACAAUUUAGCAACCAUAAAAUCAUAAUAGUGCGCAUGACAAUUAAAAAGCAUUAGUUUAUCUGACUAAUUAAAUGUCAUUGGACGUAAAUAUGAGAUAUUUCAAUAAUUUAGAUAUGUAUUCAAAACUUGGCCUUGAGGAGGCGACUGGGACACUCCUUCUGGUCACACCUCCAACCACUUUCAGUCUUCUCAGUCGGGGCGGAGAGUGGGGUCUCCGUUGCUGAGUUAGCCUGCCCGUCUGAGGCUAGUGAACAAGAGACAACACACAGAUCAUUACCGAGUGGACGAAAACGCCAACAACUCUGGGACGUGAACAUUAUACAUUUAAAGGGACUUUUUAUUUUACUUUUUAGCGUGCAUGACUCACGAUAUGGUUGUCGGAGCAUGGAAGCGGACGACGUGUCGAUCAGAGAGCAGAUAUUUCACGAUCGAGUUCGAGAGACCAUAAUCUGUGUGCUCCUCUUUGUCUGCCUCUACAUCGUCUCCUUCUUCAUCGUCGCUCACUACAAGAAGAAGGCGGAGUUUGUCGCCGAUGACAAUGAAGAUGCCACUGUCAACAGAAUUGCGCUGUGGCUCUGCACUUUCACCCUGUCCGUUUCAGUGGGGGCAGUCCUUCUGCUCCCUCUCUCCAUCCUGUCCAAUGAGGUGCUCCUGUCCUUCCCACACAGCUACUACAUGCAGUGGCUCAAUGGCUCCCUCAUUCACGGGCUCUGGAAUCUGGUCUUUCUGUUCUCCAAUCUGUCCCUGGUCUUCCUUCUGCCUUUCACCUACUUCUUCACUGAGUCCGAGGGCUUUGUGGGAUCCAAAAAGGGCGUGAUGGGACGUGUGUACGAGACGGCGGUGGUGCUGCUGCUCCUCACCGUGCUGGUGCUGGGGAUGGUGGGCGUGGCCUCUGCCAUCCUCCACCGCAGCUCCACCGUGGAGAGUCUCUACGACCUGUGGGAGUACUACCUGCCCUAUCUGUACUCCUGCAUUUCGCUGUUUGGGGUCCUGUUGCUCCUGCUGUGCACACCCUUUGGCCUGUCGCGCAUGUUCAGCAUUACAGGAAGCCUGCUCGUCAAACCCCGGUUGCUGGAAGACGUGGAGGAGACGAUGAACUGCGCGGCGUUCGAAGAGGCCUGUCUCGCCAGAAAGCUAACCAAUGCUACCUCCUGCUGGAUCAGCCUUAAUGUGGAGGUGAUGAAGAGGCAGUUUCUCACAAUCCAAACCAGGCGCAUCUCUCUCGAGAUGCGACGGAGAGCGUCGCCAUGGCAGCGUUACCUGGGUUACCCUCUGGCAAUGCUGCUGCUGUUGGCUCUCACGGUUGUGUGUGUUCUGAUCGUGUUCUUCCACGUGCUGGAGCUGCUGUUCGAUGAUGCUGCUUUGCCACGGGGAAUGGAGGAUCCCCUCCUGGGUGCCGCAUCCUUCUCCAUGUUUGGGUCCCUGGGAGCAGCUGUGCAGGUCGUCCUCGUCCUGUACCUGAUGGUGUCGUCAGUGGUGGGCUUCUACAGCUCGCCCCUGUUCACAGGCCUGCUUCCUCGCGCCCAAGACACCACGCUGACGCAGAUCAUUGGGAACUGCGUGUCCUUGCUGGUUCUGAGCUCAGCGCUUCCAGUCUUUUCCCGGACUUUGGGGAUCACGCGCUUUGACCUGCUGGGGGACUUUGGGCGCUAUAACUGGCUGGGAAACUUCCACAUCGUCUUCCUGUACAACAUGCUGUUCGCCACGCUCACCUCCGCCUGCCUCAUCAACACCGUCACCUGGGCCGUGCAGAGGGAGCUCAUCCGUGCCUUCGGUCUCCAUAAAUUGCCUUUAACGGUGUGCCGCUCCACAGUCCCAUUCAAGCUCCUGGUAGCCAACGGGCUUUCAAAGGUUCAGUAAAGGAACGGCCCAUGUCCCAUGUGGCUGGGAUCGGUCCCACCUGCCAAAGACUGCGCAUUGGCCAAAUCUCUUUGGACCAGAGGCGUGUCCUUACAUUGUCACGGAAAUGAGGAGAACAAUGAAGCAUAUCCAGUCCUCGUGUGCAUUAUGGGAAAUUGCAGUCCAUCCAGUGGAAGACCUUUAGAGCAGCGGAGGUUGGAGAGAACGGCCGGCCUCAGCGAUACCUUUUUAUUUUACCGCUAGGGACCAACUGCGUUUGUUCCCUUGGCUACGGGUGUUACGGUUGCGAUGGCGGAAAGAGACAGUGCAGCUGUUGCCAAAAAAAACAAAACUUUUUUUUAAUGGCUUUGUUGAGGAAAAACAUGGGAAAGGCAGUGGAACUUUGGUGAGGUUAAGAACCUCUCUUCUGCUCUGAUUCCCUGUAUAGGGGCCUUCUGUGAAAUGUGUCGAAGUUGAGCCUUCAUGCAUACAUACUGUUUUUGAAAAUAAUUUUGAAAAUUACUGAGAUUGCAGAAGUCACCCCCCUCCCACCCCACAAAAAAGAAAAGUAAAUUUUUUUCAGGAGGUAAAAAAAAUCAUUGAUACAUCUAUUUUACAUUAAAUGGGCAUUUUAGGAUCUGUGACACACGUUCCCUGGUGUUUUCCGGCACUUUGGAAAUGGAUCCUGUCUUGGGACCCUGUUCUUGCCUUGACAGGAAGUUCCUCUCUUGAUACUUCCUGUCUGUGGACUUUCAGACCUGUUAUUGCCCUGGUAAAUACUGAUAUUAAGAAAGCCAUUUAACUUAGUUGGUUGCCUUUCAAUGCUGAGUGCAGCUGCAUUUUGUAAACAAAGAGGGGGGACUCAGUAUUCAUUACUCAGGCCAAUAGCCUUAAGCAGACUGUGCCCAUAUAAACUGAAUAUCCCUGUGCAGUCUGUUUUUAUGCAUUUGGUGUAAUUGUAAGAGUUUAUGCACACAUUGCAGGCAUGAGACAAGAAAGUGUUACUUUCCAGUACAUUUGAUCUCAUCACAGUUUACUCUGUCCAUGAUAUUUAGGUGACAAUUUAUUAUUUUUUUUGUUAGUUUCGAAUUAUGCUGUUCUCCAACACGUGUUUCUUGUGUAGUAAAAACGUAGCGUUUACUUGGAUUGUUUACACUGAUUUAAGGACAAUUAAGUAAAUUACUGCUAGAUUGAACCUUAGUCAAAAUGGCAUUGUGGGUGGCAAACAACCUGGGGCCACAAAAAACUGUGAAGUGUGUGUGAAUUUGUCUGUGUGUGUCAAGAGUGUAUGUGUGUUGUGUGUGUGCGAUUUUGUGAGGUUAGGUGUGUGCGUUCAUGAGUGUGUGUGCAAUUUUGUGAGGUUGGGUGUGUGUGUGUGAUUUUGUGAGGUUGGGUGUGUGUGUUUGUGAGUGUGUGUGUGUUUGUGUGUCUGUGUGUGUGGAGACCAUGUGCAAUACUAUUACUCACAUGUGGAGAUUAUGCAGGCAGGUCUGAUUUUGGUGAUGAUGGAUUUUGGUGAACUCUCAGUAUCAGCUUGUCCACAUCACUGUUUAAAAAAAAAACAUUUUUUAACCAUUUUUGUUUCUUCCAGUCAGUCCAGCCAUUAAUGUUUCAUGUUUCUUUAGGCACACUGAGCCAAGGAGAGUAUUGUGGUCAUUCAUUUACUUUGUCAUAUGUGUAUGUUUUUGUUCAACAUUUUAAGACUGUGACUUUAAUAUGAUGAAAUGUCUCUUGAAACCACUAGACAAUCUUUUCUUUUAAUAUUUUAAGAAAUUCCUGGUUUCUGUUUUGACCAGCAUCAGUGCUAUUUUUGAAAACAACUGGUGGUAUGAAAAUUGCAUUCUCAAUGCGGAGGAGUUUGAGCUUUCACUGGUCUUCUGAGAAGCAGGUUGGUGUAAUGAGUGUAAGCUACCAGCAGGUGGUGCUGGCUAAGUACACAACCUGCUUCUAUGCAGUGGCAGCUCCAGCUUUUAUGCACUGCAGGUACAAUUUCUUUCCCUGUGCUAUAAAACAGGAUAUUUUUUAGUCAGCUCAGUUCAGUACGGUGUGUUCCCGUAACCUUUGGUCUCGAACUCAGCAAGCUAAUCACAUUUCUUGCUGCGCAGCGUCGCUGGUGAAUGCUGCAGUUCCAAGCUCACUACAAGCCUACCCCCUUCACAGACGCUGGAGGCAAACCAUUUGCACUUUGGGUAAUGACGUAACAGAAUGAUUAGUGGUUAGAUUUUCACUGCCUGCAAAAAGGUGUUGUUUCGUAGGAGUUCUGAUUCAAUGUGUAAAAAAAACAGUUGGUUGUGUCAGCCACACAUGGUGGAGGCAAAAUGUUUGCACAGUGGUAAUGAUGAUUGACAAUUAUUAGAAUGUAGUUAAGGUUUAGAUCAUUUAUAACCUGUUAUUUUGGGUAAAUUGGAUUCAAUGUUGAAAUGGUAAAAAUGACCUGCCGGCCUACAAAAAUGUCUCACUUUACAGCAGUCGUAAUAAUAAUUCUAUACGGAAAAGAGGCGAUGGUUUUAAGUAUCUGUCAGCCAAGCUUCUUUAAUCAGGGUUUAGUGGAAGAUAGACCUGGAAGAAAAUGAAAUGGUUGUUUCAGAAUGUGAUGUGAUAGAGUUCAGCCAUUUCUAAAACACUGAGCUUGUCCUUAAUGGUUACUGUGUAAAACUAUAUAUUUAGUUAUUCUGACUUCUCAUGUAUGUAUAGGCUAGUAGUAUUUGUAGUCGUUUCGAUAUGACCUUGAAUACCACAACAGAAAGUGUCAGAUUUCUCAAAGGAUUGUACCUGUAGGAUGUUUCUUAUUUUUUUCCUUUUUGUUUUUGGUGGGGGGGGGGGGGGUUGUUUUUAUGUAUGCAAGGAAAACAUUCAAUAAAUACGUGUAUUUUCUUUUGCUUUUUAA